UUUGUGAUGGGAAGAAAAUUGGCGUGACAGCUGCGUUGUUGCGAACUGAAGUCUGAACGUCACUAAAACAGUUAGCACCAUCUUUUGACCCUCCGCCUUUGACUCCCGUCCUUAAACGCUACACUAUAACAUUUAACAAUAGAAAACAUACAACUAAACUUAAGAGUAACAAUUGUAAUCAUAAUUGGAAUUGUUUUCAAACUCACUUUUUAUGUCUCCCACGACAGCGUCCGUUUUAACCAAUUAUGCAAAUGAAGCUUUUAUGUCAUCUAGCUUUUUUUCUAGCAACUUUUUAUGACAGCCAAUGCUACUUUCUUGACUGAGCAGUUUGCAACGAUGCAAUGUAGUGAUGUCACUUCCUGUCUCGUGUGCCUGGUUGCUGUGGCAACGAACGCUUCCUCGCGCUCAAAAUAGAAGCGCGCUUGUAUUGACGUAAAACAAUGGCGGACAUGUUCUCGUUAAAACGGUCGGUUUUGAUUUAUUUGGACAAAAGUGGCGGCCUUCAGAAACUAACAGAAGACUGCAAAUCGUUCAACGACCCCCAACAAAACGCAAUGGUGAUUUUCCGGUUCUGUGUCGGCGUUAAUCCCACUGACGUCAUAGAGGUGGACCCGGAACUGGGUGACCGUAUAUUACACCACCCACUGCAAGCAACAGCUUUGUUUCAAUCUGUGUGCUUCUUGGCCAUUAAAACACUUUCACUUAUUGACAGUGUACAUACAGAGUGUCAGGUGAAUGUCAUUUUGAAGUUGACACACCUGCCUCCAUUUCCUGACUACAAGCUGGACCUUGCUGCGUUCCCGCGUACACACUGCUGCAUGAGGCCUGUGCUCAUGGAAGGUCUGGCCAUUGCAGUCACAAGGGUCACGAAAUACACACGGGGUGCCAGGUUCCUUUGCAGCAACGACGACUGUCACUUUUAUUCAGGGUUCCACCACAUCCGGGUUCAUGCACCUGGAGCCACAGAGUCAGCAACCGUGAGAAACGACUUCAGCUGCACGACUUGCAGCUCGCCUCUCAAAGAGGACAUCCAGUUCAGAGUUUUGGGAGACAAGCAGCUGGUGGAGUUGAUCCAUGUCGACGCUCUGAAGGUUCUCAGUGCGCAUCAACAAAGCCCGCUCAGAUACCAGUCAGUCACACUGUUUCUUAGAGAUGAGCUGUGUAACACGAUGAGAAUUGGUCAACUCUACCGGGUGAUCGGCAUACCUGCGCAUGUGCACCAGUGGCCCAAUAUUACCUGGAGCGUGGAGGUCAACAACGUUCAACCAUGGGAGCCUCAGUAUCCACAUGACAUCAAUGCCAAAUUCAAGCAGCUGCUGAAGGCCACAGGGGGAUCUCCUUGGCGGUUCGCUGCCGUCAUAGUACACUGCUUUGAUUUGAAUAUGACUCCUCCGGGUCUUUAUCACACGUUGAAGCUCAGCCUGUUGCUCAGCUUGGUGCAAACGAGAGGGGACGCCAAAAGCACUUCACACUUGAAUCUUCUCGUCACUGCAGGCGACACCAUAAUAGUGGAAAGGUUAAUGAGGUACAGCUUGAACUUGUCGUGCCGUGGGGUGAGGCAUGAAGCCUCACGGGAGAUGUUUGCAUCCCUGUCCCACGACGAGCAUGGAGCGGGCACUGCUAACAUCUACGCCGGUUCUGCCUUACUUGCCAAUGGUGGGAUUUGCAUGCUUGGAGAUCUGAGCUCUUUUAGGAGGGACAAGCUGGAUGCAAUUGAGUCAGUCCUGGACAGUCGCACAGUGUCCGUGUUCAUCCCGGGGAAGAAGUAUGGCAAGGAUGCAGACCAGCACCUUACCUUCCCCAUCUCGUGCAGCUUCUGGGCCUUCGCUGACUCCACACGAAACUCUCGAAGGACAUACGAUGCUGUACUGGGAGCAGUGGAAAUGGGUCCAGUACCACCUCAGCUGGCAGCUAGCUUUGGCCUCAUCGUGAAGUGUCAGGAUCCUGCAAAAGAGCAUGCUGUACUCUCUUUGACAGUCCACACCCUCCAGCAGGCUGUGAAGCCUGGAAAACACCUCUACUCAUCCCUUGACUUUUCUACCCAGGACUACAAGGAGCUGGUGGCCUACGCACAAAGCCUGCAAGUGGAUCUGAGUCCUGCAGCACAGAAGCUGAUCCGCGGCUACUUCAUGGCCACCUGCAGAGUCCGAUCACAAAUCCACAGCAAUAAAAUGUCUGCAGCCUUCCUCAAAUUGCUGAUAUCUUUAGCAGAGGCCCACUGCAAAUUAAGCCUCAGAAGUGAAGUGCUGGAGGAAGACGCCGUGAUUGCGGUGCUCCUUUGUGAAAACUCUGUCACUCUUAAGCACGAGGGGUCUUCUGCCCUUGUUAUUCCACCCGAUGCUGUGUUUCCCCCUGAUCUGGGAGAGGAUGGCUUGCUUAGGAGAGACAAAGCCCUGGAUGAACUCCACCAGAACAUCCUCCGCUUCAUCUACACCUACGCACUAGGAGCAGAUGAGUACAUCACGGAGGAGUAGAAGGAUAAGAACCUCUGUACAGUUGUUCCAACAAAGUUCGAGUCAAAUGUGCAAUGUAGGUGGUGGCCAGUAUCAACACGUCCAGUUUGGACAGCUUGGUGUCCGGCGGCACCGACGGCAACGUUCUCUGCAGCUCCAGGAAGGCGGUGCGCAGGGUUUGAACGCGGCUCCUCUCCCGCGCCGCAUUGGCAGCCGCAGGCCGACCUCGUCCGGCCCCGAGACCGCCGGCAUGGAGAACCCCGGCGGCGGCCCGGCGAGAGUCCGGGCUGGAACUCGGGCUGGAGCCGGGGCUGUCAUCCACCACCGUCACCGAGCAAUUGCCGCUGUCCAUCUGGUGCGUCUGUCUCCCAACCAUCUUACAGACCUGAUAAGUUCAUUUUCAUUACUAACAUUUUCUGCGGUUUAGGGUUGUUAGAAUAUUAUUGAAUUAUAGCUAGGUGUUGCGCUUAAAAUCGAAUUUGACAAAUAAACUAGAAUAAACUUUGCCAUGUUAAAAACAGUGGUGAGACUUACCUCUAUUUCUGCAAGUAAGCUUCAUGAAUCCAUUUAUGUAUGCCUCCAAAAAGUGAGGAUCUCUCUUCCAAGGAGGUAAAAUCAAGAUUCAAGUUCACCUUUUAAUUAAUGACCUUCCAAUGUAAGUAUGACUACUUUCCGAGGAGGGCUUAGUUGCGUUUCCAAUCCAAAAGCAGCCUCCUUUUCCCCACCUAAACUCUCAUACUUUUUCACCCACUCUAAUUGGCUGCAACCCUUCUUUUCACUGGCCUAUCAGGAAGUGGCGACUUCUUUAUGCAGUCACAACUGCUGAGGAUGAAAGGCUUGUCCAUCAAAGCACUUCUUGCAAUAGACCGUGAAGACAAACUGAUGAGCACGAUAUGCUUAUUAUCCCUACACCAUUCUUGGACGCAUUGCCUUAAAAAAAAGUGCUGUGCUGCAAUCAACAGAUGAAAUUAUUUUUAGGCUCCUUAAU